AUGGGUAAACCGUGCCGAGGUAUCCGUGCUAAGCGGAGUGAAGAAGACAUGGAUGAGGCUUUACGACUUCUUAGACAAGGAAAGUCAGAGCGAUACGUUUCACAACAUUGCGGCAUCCCUCGUCGCACAUUGAGGAAUCAUAAGAAAUCUGGAAAAACUUCCAGGUCAUUAGGAAGACCACCGGUGCUAACUCCUCAACUAGAAAAUGAGUUGGAGAAGAAAAUUGUUCGAUUUGCAGAAAGAGGUUUUCCGUUAAUUCCAAAAUCUCUACGGAGAACUGUUUACUCUUUGGUAGAUCAACAGAAAAUUCCAAACAAAUUUAACAAAGACAAAAAAUUAGCAGGAAGAGAAUGGUACAGGUCAUUUUUGAAGCGCCAUAAGAAGCUGUCCCAAAGAAAAGCACAGUACAUGAAUCCCGCACGGGCUCAAAAACUUAAUAGACCCAUUGUAGAAGAUUAUUUCAGUAAAUUAGAAGCCCUGCUCAACAAGACAGGAUUGAAACAUAGCCCAGAGAAGCUGUAUAACAUGGACGAGAAAGGGUGUAGACUCACCCUGCAUCACCAGCAAAAGGUUAUUGCAAAAAAAGGAGCAAAACGGGUUCAUUUAGUUUCCCAGGAGCAUGCCGAAAAUGUAACUAUUGUAGCGUGCGGAAAUGCUAUGGGGCAUGUUAUCCCCCCGAUGAUUUUGUUCAAAGGCCAACGAAUGAAACCAACUUUUUCCGAUGGUCUCCUGGUUCUGUUGUCCACAUGA